AUGUCCAUCUCUCUCCAAAACGUAUACGGUGGUGUCCCAAAUACCGAAAGAGGCCGUCCAACUUUUAUUUCUGCUGCUCCUGCCUCCAAGUCUGGUAAAUUCACCUAUGGUUCUGGAACCAAUGUUUUGAUCCGUGAUUUGAACAAUUUGCUUUCUAUUGACUAUUAUACUCAACACACUCAUAAGGUCAAUGUUGCAAAGUUCGCACCAACAGGUUUUUACAUUGCUUCAGGAGAUGAGUCAGGUAAUGUUCGUAUUUGGUCAACUGAAAAUGCUGACAAGACCAUCAAAUUGGAAAAGCGUGUCUUGUCAAAGAGUGUUCGUGAUUUGGCUUGGACUG